CUCGUGGAAGCACUGUCGUUGCGAUGCGUGGAGGACAGGUGACAGAAGAAGACGAAGCUCCUCUGCAAGCUGAGACACAACAAAAAUGGCGAGAUCCUCCUCUUCCUCCUUCCUCUCUCCUCUCACUUUCCUCGGCUUCUUCAUAUGCCCCACCAGCGCCAUGUCUCUGAUCCUUCUCCAUAAACCCUAACCUCUUCCUCCCCUCCCUCUCUCUCUCUCUUCUCUCGCCCCCAAUUCACCCGUGAUUUCCCCACCCCCAUCUGUUCUUACGACGACGAGAAACGCCGAUCUAGGUUCCGGGACUGAUCAAGCAAUGGCGGAGAUAGCGAAGGUGCUGUAUAUAGUGGUGGUCGAUGAGGAGGAGGGAAGAGACAAGGGGAGAGGCUCGUUUCGGUACACGCGUCCGGUUCUGCAGAGCACUCUGCAGCUCAUGGGAUGUAAAGCUCGCCAUGCUUUCAAGAUAAGCAGAAGGGUUGUAGAAAUUAUAAGAAAUGCACCUUCAAUUGAUACUGGAAUCUUAAAAGAAGACAAGGCAGGCCUUGAUGCUUCAAAACAAAAUUUAGAGAAGAGCGAUGGUUUGGGGACCUUUCCUUCUGAGAAAAAUGGCAAAGAUAGAAGCGUGCCAUUUGAACUGUACAAGCGGCGUACAACCUUGGUUGUUAGAAGAGAAACUUUCUUAGAUGUUGUUUGUGAAGCUCUGGCUGAAUACAAGUAUGUGGGUCCUAACCAGAGGGCAGACCUUGUUUUGGCGUGCAGGUAAACUACCAAAUACUUCUUUACAGAUUAUUUCUUAUUUGUCUCUUGGUGAUUUUGUGCAUGAACUGUAUUCUAACUUAUUUACUCCUUCACAAAGUGUCGAUCUUCUGUUUGAUCGUAUGACGCGAGCAUGACCAAGGACUUUCUAGAGCUGAAUGUUGUUGCAGAAUUCGAGAAAAGAAGGAGUCUGUAACUGUGCUGUUGUGUGGCACUAGUGGAUGUGGCAAAUCUACCUUGUCUGCAUUGCUGGGUAGCAGAUUGGGGAUUACCACCGUUGUAUCAACAGACUCAAUUCGUCACAUGAUGAGGAGUUUUGUGGAUGAAAAGGAAAAUCCACUUCUUUGGGCAUCAACUUAUCAUGCCGGAGAGUAUUUGGAUCCUGAGGCUGUUGCUGAGGCAACGGCUAGGAGAAGAGAAAAAAAAUUAGCUAGCAUUGCAAAAGCACGUCCCAAGGAAGAACCAGCUGAUGGUUCUACUGCAGGAAAACAUGAUACUAGUCAAGUCCCAGAAGGGGUGAUUAGCCCAAAACAAAUGGCUAUUGAAGGCUUCAAAGCACAAAGUGAAAUGGUGAUUGACAGUCUCGAUCGCUUGAUAACUUCAUGGGAAGACAGGAAGGAAUCCGUGGUUGUUGAGGGAGUACACUUGAGCCUGAAUUUUGUGAUGGGGCUUAUGAAGAAACAUCCUUCAAUCAUCCCGUUCAUGAUAUACAUCACAAAUGAAGAUAAACACUUGGAGAGGUUUGCCGUUCGUGCAAAGUACAUGACAUUGGACCCUGCUAAGAACAAAUAUGUAAAGUACAUCAGAAACAUCAGGACAAUCCAGGAUUACCUCACCAAGCGAGCUGACAAACACCUCGUCCCGAAAAUAAACAACACGAAUGUCGACAAGAGUGUGGCUGCAAUCCAUGCGACAGUUUUCGGAUGCCUUAGAAGACGCGAAGCAGGGGAACAGCCAUAUGAUCCAUCUACUAAUACGGUUACAGUUAUUGAUGAGGAGUACAGGAACCAAUGUGCUGCAAACUCACUGAGCUCGAAGGGAAUGUUUCAGCUUAUUCAGAGGCAGGGUUCUUCCAGACAUCUGAUGGCGCUUCUUAACACCGACGGGUCAGUAGCAAAGGCUUGGCCUGUAGGUCCAGUGGAUAAAAAUGGCAAGCCUCUUGUAGGCAACGGGGCUGAAAACGGGAUAGGUACCCCUAUGUAUGGUCCGUUGCAAAUUGGGAAGGCUGAGCCUGUGAACUUGCAGUUUGGCCACUUUGGGAUCAGCGCUUGGCCCAGUGAUGGUGGGACGAGCCAUGCAGGUAGUAUGGAUGAUUUACGGGCUGAUGGGACUGACACAGGAAGCAAAUACCAUUCUUCGUGUUGCAGCUCGCCAAGGACAUCGGAUGGACCAGCCAAGGAGGUAUUUUCAUUGAACCAGCUCAAGGAGGAGAAUUCAGUGCAUGGCAGCGAUGAAGAAGUGGACGAUGACGUUCCAGAAGUUGAUAGUGAUGAAGACCUUAGUGAUGACGGCGACAAACUUGAUCAGGAAGAGCAGAUUGGUUCAGUGGACGAAGAGUCGACAAAGUCAGACGAGGAGUACGACGACCUGGCAAUGGAAGACAUGCAAGAGAACGGGUACAGGACAGACGACGAGGAAGAGUGGGAGGAUAAGGUAGAGCCAAUCGACCGGCCAAAGGCAGACAAGUAUCGACAGAACCUGGACCGCUUCCUCCGGAGUAGGAGCGAGCGGUUGGGCGAGCCAUUGUGCUCUUACUCUUCCCUCAUGGGAGAGAACAGCAGCGGGAGAGAGGUGCUGAAACCAAGAAGACGGCGUUCUCUCAGCAUUUCGGCCCUCGGGAAGCAUGGGGCCGAGGCCGUCAAUGGCGCCAUUUUGUCUGGGACUCCCCUGAGCUAGUAGUAGUGGGACAGAUUUUGUGCUUUGUGAAGUUGUGUUUGUUGUUUCUUUUCUCAGUGUUCUUUUGGCCUGGAGGAGCAAGGUAGGAUAUUCAGUAGUUCUGUUAUCUUUGUAUAGGGGUUUUGUCGAUGACUCGGAAUGACAUUUCACAUUUCAGCCACCACCUUUUUUUUUGGUUUAUCCUCCAUUUUGCUAAAUUAUUUGUCAACUUAACUACGGUUUAAUAACCAUGGGUGUAUAACUACGUGGUUGUACUUCGUUAACUGG